AUGUCGAACGAAUCGUUUUCCAUCCACGGAUACAAUUUAGUGACAUUGCUUAAACGGCUGGAGGCCGCGGCGUCGCGACUCGAAGACGUCACCAUCUUCCAAGAGAAUGCAGUCCACUCGAAAACAGCACAGGCCGGUGGAGUCGUGGCAGAUGGGACUGGUGUGCAGGCCGGAGCUGACGCAAAUGCAAUUGAGGAGCCUCAGAAAGAAGCACCGUCCAUCGAAGCGUUUGAUAAAUUCUUGGAGGAGUACGUGACUCCCUUUGUUGAAAUCUCAGAUAAAAUCGACCCCUUGGUUGCUGAACAGGCCAAACUGUUCGAGAAAGCGCUGCUGGAGGAGCGCAAAUUUCUCCAGGCCGCCUCCAAAUCUGCGCCCGUUGACGCGUCGAGCCCGGUGUUCCAGUCGGCGCUCGCUCCGAUCAACGAGGUCAUUGUCAAGGCGGUGGAGGUGAAGGACGCCAACCGUACCUCCAAGUUUUUCAACAACCUCAACGCUGUGGCAGAGGGUAUUCCUGCUCUUGGAUGGAUCUGUGUCACCACGCCUGUCUCCUACAUUCCAGACUACAAGGACUCUGCCCAGUUCUGGUCCAAUAGAAUUCUGAAGGAGUACAAGGAAUCCGACCCAAACCAGGUCAAAUGGGCCACCACGUUCAUCAGAAUCUUCGACGGCCUCAAAAACUACGUCAAGGAGUUCCACACCACCGGUCCGUCCUGGAACGCCCAAGGAGGUUCUUUCGAGGAGAAUCUGGCCAAGGCCUCGUCCUCAGCAGCACCUGCUGUUCCGUCGCCCCCUCCAACACCUGUCUCUGGCGCAGGCGGUCCUCCUCCUCCACCGCCUCCUCCACCGGCCUCCGUCUUUGAGGCAAAGGAGGAGCAGCAGCCAACGGGAAUGAACGCUGUUUUCUCUGAGCUCAACAAGGGCGAGAACAUCACCGCAGGACUCAAGAAAGUCGACAAGAGCCAGAUGACUCACAAGAACCCGGAACUGCGGGCGUCAUCCGCAGUUCCUGCCAAAAAAACUGUUCCUGUUCCGCCAAAGAAGCCCGCUAGUCUGAGCGAAAAGUCUCCUAAGGAAAAAAAGCCUCCGAAAAAGGAGCUUGUGGACAACAAGUGGAUGGUGGCCAACUUCGAAAACGAGUCCGACAUCAUCACCAUCGACGGAGACAUGCAGCAGAGCAUUUUCAUCGCCAACUGUGCCUCCAGCAUCAUCCAAAUCAAGGGCAAGGUGAAUGCUAUCACACUGAACGAAUGCACCAAGGUUGGGCUCGUUGUUGAGAAAGCCAUCAGCGGAAUUGACGUGAUCAAGUCCAGAAACUUUGAGGUCCAAGUCACCGACUCUGUUCCGAUGAUCUCGAUCGACCAGUCUGAGUCCGGCUCCCUGUAUCUGUCUGCGUCGUCUCUGGACACCGAGGUGUUCACCUCGUCUACUACUUCGCUCAACAUCAACGUGCCGGAAUCGGACGACAUGAAGGAGCUUGCUGUUCCGGAGCAGUUCAAGCACACCGUCAAGAACGGUAAGCUGAUCAGCACGAUUGUUGAACAUGCUGGUUGAAAGACUAUAUACGAAACGCAAGUACACUAGCGAUCUUACUCGGGAACUUCCAAUCCGACCCUUCUGGCCGUCUUGCGCACCUUAUCCGUCUGCUUCAUGCUGAUUCCCGGGUUAUAUCUUUCGAGUAGCUCGACGUAUUCUCUCUGGCUUCUGACAAAGCUGGCCAUGUUUUUAAGGUGUUCGAGUUGUUUUGGUGUCAGGCUGUCUGAAUCCAUCUCUUUCACCAUACCGACAUCGACCUCAGGCAUGGUUACCUGCGUACUUUUCUUGACUUCGUCCACGAGUACAGCAUCCUCCUCCGGACUGAGCACCUUGCCAGACCGGACGUACUGCAAUCUCUUGUAUUGUAUCAGAGCAUCCUGCUUCUUCAGCAUGUCCUUCGAGUGUUUCUCGAAGGCUUUUUGGACGGCCGUUUGCAGCUCGUUCACCAAACUCUGGAAGAUCUUG